AUGUUUACCUUUCAAUCGCUCGGCGCAAAGUCUGUAAAGAUCACAGCAGUUGUCAUCUUCAUCUGGCUUCUCGUCGCUGCUUACUACAGCUACAGCGAUGUUUCUGUCUUCACUCCGACGCCGCCUCAAAGGAUAUAUACAUAUAAAGAUACCUCCAGGCUAAAAAGUCUAGAGUCGAUUAGACUCGGUGCUCAGUACUUUGUCGACUACCCGUUGAACGAUACGCCGAAAGAGAUAUUUGGAGAGUUGGGACAGAGAACCCAAUUGCUAAGAGCUUGGAUUGAAGAAUUGGAGAGCCAUGGCAACAGUGAGAGGCGCGAGACGGCAGAGCUCGUUGGACAACAGAUUGAGCAUCUGUUUCCAUGGCUUAAUUCGAAAAAUGGUGUUUCGCCACCUCUGGCCAAUAUCUACGAUCGACUUAAUAUAUCAUACGAAACAACGGGCAUCCCAAAAGGAAAUAAAGCACCAGCUGGAAUUGUCAUUCCUACAGGCGAAAAAACCCUUCGAUUUGCAUGCCAUCUCAUCGCAUCUCUAACACAAGUCCACAAUACAUCCCUCCCUAUUCAGGUCGUAUACGCCGGAGACAACGACUUGUCUGCCAAAGGGAGAAAAAAGAUCCAACAAGCAGCCAACGGUGUAAACAUCGAAAUGCUAAACGUCCUCACUGUCUUCAACGAUGCCACGCUUAAGCUUGCAGAUGGAGGAUGGGCGAUAAAACCGUUCGCUGCCUUGGCAAGUCAUUACGAGAAAGUCAUUCUUCUCGACGCAGACGCAGUGUUCUUUCAAGACCCGCAACAGCUCCUCGAACAGCACCGCUUCAACGAGACGGGAGCGUUACUCUUCCACGACAGACUACUCUGGAAGAAUGGGUUUCCUGAUCGACAGGAUUGGUGGCACGAUCAGAUCAAGCAUCCCAGUCUUGAAACUGAGAAGUCGCUUGUGUGGACGGAGAGGUAUUCUGAAGAGGGAGACUCGGGUAUUGUGGUGGUUGACAAGUCAAGACUUGAUGUCCUGCUUGGUUUGAUACACAUUGGAUGGCAGAACUCGGAUAGAGUGAGGAAUGAAGUCACGUACAAGAUUACGUAUGGUGAUAAGGAGAGUUGGUGGAUUGGAUUCGAGGCGACAGGGUCAAAGUAUGCUUUUUCGCCGCACUACGGUGGUAUCGUGGGCUGGUUGAAAGACGAAGACAAGAAGAAAGAAGAAGUCAACGUGUGUAGCUUUGUUAUAGCACACGUGGACCAAGACGAAAGAUUGCUGUGGUACAACGGUGGUUUACUUAAGAACAAGGCCGUUAACCAGACGGAAUUCGAAGUUGCGACGCAUUGGAUGAUUGAUCAGACGUGGCACAAGGGUGGGAGUAAGGAGGAUAUGAGUUGUAUGACUGGAAAGAUAGUUAGUGAGUUAACUGAUAGAGAGAAGGAUGUUUUGCGGAGGGAGAUUGAUGUUGCGAAGGAUGUUGAUGAGAGGUUGGAUCUGAUACCAUCUACAUAG